AUGUCUCGGAGGUAUGAUAGUCGAACCACGAUCUUCUCGCCAGAAGGUCGUCUCUACCAGGUUGAAUACGCUAUGGAAGCUAUUGGCAAUGCUGGUUCUGCUAUUGGAAUUUUAGCAAAAGACGGAGUUGUGUUGAUCGGCGAGAAGAAAGUCACAUCUAAACUUCUUCAAACCUCUACCUCCACUGAAAAGAUGUACAAGAUCGAUGACCAUGUGGCCUGUGCAGUUGCUGGUAUAAUGUCUGAUGCUAACAUACUGAUCAACACAGCUCGAGUCCAAGCUCAGCGUUACACUUUUACGUACCAAGAGCCAAUGCCUGUUGAGCAGCUUGUUCAGUCUCUAUGUGAUACCAAACAAGGAUACACGCAAUUUGGUGGUCUCCGUCCGUUUGGGGUUUCCUUUCUUUUUGCAGGAUGGGACAAGAACCACGGGUUUCAACUAUAUAUGAGUGACCCGAGUGGAAACUACGGUGGAUGGAAAGCUGCAGCUGUUGGAGCAAAUAAUCAAGCGGCUCAGUCUAUUCUUAAGCAAGACUACAAGGAUGAUGCAACUAGAGAAGAGGUGGUUGAACUCGCUCUCAAGGUUUUGAGCAAGACGAUGGACAGCACGAGCUUGACAUCUGAGAAGCUCGAGCUUGCUGAGGUGUUUCUGACUCCAUCAGGGAAUGUUAAGUACCAUGUCCACUCCCCCGAGUCGCUUACUAAGCUUUUGGUGAAGCAUGGUGUUACGCAACCAGCUGCAGAAACUUCAUAA